UGCAGCAGGAACUCAGCUCAGUCGUAGUUUAAAUCAAUGAGCAAUGGAUCACUGUGCUCCACUUUCACAUUACCUGUAGCUCAGGAAGCAUCUCCAGCACUGGGAGCUGACUGUCUGUUUCGGACUAUCAUCUGUCAGAGCAGACGGCGUGCCAGUACGAUGCAGCUACAACUGUGCUGACCAACAGCAGCUCAACAAGUCACAACACUGGACAGCUGACGGCUGCAGCCUGGAUGUGAUACUGGGUCAGAGUGUGAGUUGGUAACCCUGCCUGAGUGUGCGAUGUGUGGACCUGCCCUGCCUCUGUGUCUGCUGCUCUGGAUAGUAGGGACGGCUGUUUCCAGGACACAAGGUGAGGUCAUAGCUCCUGCCACUCUGAGCGUGGAGGCAGGUCGUCCCCUCCUGCUGAGCUGUAACGUCACCACGGCGACAGGCGACACCGUCCGGCAAGUGCGCUGGCACAACAAGCACAACAAGAUCCUCCUGGCGUACGAGCAAAGCGCCCCGGCCCGCAUCAGCCACCAAGACCCCAACGUGCAGCUCACUGUCGCCCACAACGACGCCAGCUACAUGACCAUCAAGAAGGUGCAGCCCGAUGAUGAGGGCUGUUACCUCUGCAUCUUCGAUGUGUUCCCCACAGGCCAGCAAAUGGGCAAGACGUGCGUCAGCGUCACUGGUAAAGUGCGCCUGGAGGGCAACAAGACGGCCGUGAGCGGGCAGCCGGUCACCCUGUCCUGCUGGUACAGCCUCCCAGAGAGGGUGCACCAGGUGCUGUGGAGGAAGACGGCCGAGCAGGGCGACACCACCACCGUGGCAUCCUACAGCACACCCAAGCACCACUUCAUGGCGGACCAUUUCAAGGGUCGGGUUGGCUUGAGCCAAAGCCUGGGCGACACCCAGCUGACCAUCCAGACAGUGACGACGGAGGACGAGGCCUGCUACACCUGCGAGUUCCACACAUACCCAGACGGCGCCAAAAGCGCCACCGCCUGCCUCUCUGUUUAUGUUUUACCCAAACCAGAGGUGAGCCAUGCAACCUCGCCCUCGGGAGUCACCGAGGCCAACUGCACCGCUCAGUCCCGGCCUGCGGCGGAGAUCAUGUGGAACGUCGGCGGGGACAACCGAACGCUCGGGCCGCCCGUUUCUUCUUCCUACGAGCAGGGCGAUGGGACGACGAUAGUGACGAGUACGCUGCUCUUCCAAUCAGGGCUGCUCAGUGACCUGUCCGUCAAGUGCAUCGUGCACCACCAGGGUCUGAAGAAACCCCUGACGGUGUCCCUCAACGCACACGUGGGUCCAGCCAUGGUCAUCCUCCUCUCAGUGUGUGGUGUGGCAGCGGUGCUCCUCCUGUGUCUGUGUGUGUGUCUCUGCAAGUGCUUCAUCUGCACCGACGACUGAUUUGGGAGGCCGGCGUCACUGCUGCUUUGAUGAAGGUCCAGCGGAUCUCUGAGCCUGACCUAGCUGCUCAGCACCGUGCCCUCCAGCUCAGCGUGCAGAGGAAAGGGAACAGAGAUUUUUCACAGAACUGAGCCAACACUGCUGGUUCUGCUCCCAUGAGCUGUGAAGAUACAGACAAACAUUUCUCUUGUCAUUUACAGUAAAGUAAACAGAACUAAAACCACAUUAUUUAAUGCUAGAUACUACACUUACAGUAGAAACGUUGCUUUGAUGAUUGAUCCUGAUAUGAAGAUAUGAAGAUCACGGAGGUCCGGUAGUCGGACUAAAGUGAUGCUUUGUAACCUAAAAAGGUCAUUACAGUGUGUCUGUGUGUUGAACAGAUAAGUUUUAUAUAUAUAUAUAUAUAUAUAUAUAUAUAUGUGUGUGUGUAUUUUAAAUUAAGGUUGAGUAGAGUUUGCUCAGUUUGAAGUGUUUCGACUUUGAUGGGUAGUUUAUAAAGAAAAAUGACUAAUAAAAACUAAUGUAAUCCAAAUUUAAAUAAAUCAAUACAUCACUUAUAAGUGGGGGAAUCAAUUAGUUCCCAUUCAAAAACAACACAAAGGUUACCGUCCUUUUUCAAACGAUAACAAAAGAUGAAGUUUUGUGUGAUCAUGGGAGUUUUCAUUGACGUGUUUACCCGGUAGUUAGAGAAAACUCACCAUUACCUGAACAAACUGACAGAUUUCUCUGAGUUUGAACAAUGUUGGAAACAUUUGGGCAUAACUACACAACUCAUCUAAAAUAUGUAACAUAAGUCUAGUCAUUUUAAUGUUGAGAAGUUACGUGUUGUCGACCGUGAUUGUUGCUCGGACAUAUAUGACAGCCCCUGACACACCGAAAUUUAAUCUAAUAACCAAAACUGUUUUAAGUUUGGCAGAAAAUUGUAUCAUCAUGUAAGACGUUAUCGCCCACAGCUGAUUUCUGGUCCUUCAAGGUGGCUGAAAAUUUAAAGACUCAUCCGCUGUCCUUUUGCCACUGCUCCCUAAUUGCUGUGGGCAUCUAAAAUUGCCACCUUGGGGUAUUACGUCACCUGAAAACCCUCUAUUUGUGGUAGUCAAACCAAGAAGAGGGAUGAUUAAAAGGGUGCCCAUUUUAAACGAGACCUACAAGUUACAGUAAAUCGGGGGAUUGAGGCUAAAACCUGACUUUUUAGUGAACCAGCCCUGAUGUGACUCAGACUGAAAGGUUGGUUUGGGUGGGAAAGAAUGAAAGGUUUGUUAUUUAUAGCUGCUGUGUUGUGUGGUUGACCUGUGACCUGUGUGCUCGGUGUUUAACACCGCCCAAACGAUUCCAGCGUGGAUGAAACGCUGCAGCUGUGAAUCACUGUUUGUGUGAGACGGAGUAUGUGGGGUUGUUUGUGUACAUCUGCAUGUCUGUGUUUUAAAUGUGAAAGAAAUGUGUCCAUAUGUGUGUGUGUGUGUGUGUGUGUGUGCAGUUGUUUGCAUUGUUGUACAGUGUUUGAACUUUAGGGCGCACCAGCAGAGUUUUGUUUGGGAUAUAUAUUAAUAUAGGCCUGUGUGGGCUGUGUACAGUAAGGUUUUGUAGAAAAUCUCAU